AUGAUCUACGAUACUUUUGAACACGAAGAAAAUGUUCCUAAAUUGCCAGUCCCCACUUUAACCCUGACGGUUCAACAAUUACUCGAAGUAUUAGAGCCACUUCUUUCAUCUGAAGAAUAUGCUGAAGUGUUUAGGGAAGCCACAUCAUUUAUGUCCAAUAAAACGGUUUUAACUGCUCAAAAACAUUUAGAAAGUAUUUAUAAACUGGACCCUGAACUUACCAACUAUUUGAACUUUGUUAAUGGUGAAACAGCUCCAGGUAUUUAUGGUGAAUUGAAAAAUGACAUUUUACCUAGGAAUCCUUAUUUGAUUUUAGAAGAGGAUCCUUAUUCUAAAACCUUACAUCCUCCAAGUCAAGCUGAACGGUCUGCAAGUUUGAUUAAUUCUACUUUGAAAUUCAUUAUUACAUUAAGAAACAAGACGUUGAAGCCAGAUGUUACUCCUAAAAAUCAAACUCCCUUAUCUAUGAAGUGUUAUUAUAACUUGUUUGGAACUAGUAGAAUUCCAGAUGAGUCACCGGAUGCGUCGUCAUUGGGUAGACAUGUUACCAUGAAGAAAUAUACUAAUAUGGAUGAUUCAAGACAUAUAGUGUUCCUUUGUAACAAUCAAUUCUUUCUGUUGGAAGUGCUUACUCCAUUGACUAAAGAAGAAGAUGCUAAAUCAAAACAUAAAAUUUGGUUUCUGGAUGUUGAAUUGGCAGAAAUCAUUGAUCAAAUCAUUUUGGAAGCUUCAAACAUUUCACCAAUUGAUGCCAUUAAAAAAUCUCUUGGUGCAUUAACCACUCAAUCUUAUUCCAAUUGGAAAUUAGCAAGAUCAGAGUUGAAAUUAUCCAAUCCAGAACAUUUAAAAGCAAUUGAUGAUGCCCUUUUCAUAAUUGUUUUGGAUCAUAAUACCCCCAAAAAUGAUUCAGAAAAGACUCGUGUUGUAGCCCAUGGAUCAUCUGAAUUAACAUCUAGUAAUAUUCAAUGUGGUUCUUGUACUCUGAGAUGGUAUGAUAAAUUACAAUUGGUUGUUACCAAGAAUUCCGUGGCCGGUAUUAGUUGGGAAUCUUCUAUUAUGGAUCUGACGGCCAUUUUGAGAUUUAUUAGUGAUAUUUAUACGGAUUCCUUAUUGAAAUUGGCUAAAAAUAUCAAUGGUUCCGAAUAUACAUUAUUUGAUGAUAAUAUUGAAUUUGUUCUGGCUAAUGCGGAUAAAGGAGGAGUAAAACCCAAACCAGUGGCUAUGAUAUUUAACAUGACUCCUACGUUGUUACAAUUGGUUCAUUUAUCAGAGACUAGAUUAACUGAUUUAAUUAAUCAACAUGAGUAUGAAACAUUGGAUUUAAAAUUACAAACCCAUAUUAUUAAGAAAUUCAAUAUUACCAUUGAUUCUUUAUUACAAUUGGCAUUUCAAAUAGCGAAUUAUUCCUUAUAUGGACAAUUGGUUAAUACUUUGGAACCAAUUACCACCAGAAGAUUUAGAGAUUCAAGAACUGAAUUGAUUGGGGUUCAAUCACAGCAAGUUUCUAAUUUAGUCAAGACUUUUUUAACCAAUUCCAAUAGCUCAGUUAAAUGGGAAUUGUUUAAAGAAUGUUGUGCUGCUCACACACAAAAGUAUCAUGAUGCAAUGAUGGGUAAAGGAUUCCAUAGACAUUUUAUGGCUUUGAGAACGUUACUUAGACGGGAAGCGGCUAUGAAAUAUUUAAAUGAAAAGAAUUCACAUUUAACUCCAAUACCUACCAAUGUGGAAGAAAACUAUAGUGUUCCGCUUUUAUUCAAUCCUUAUAUUUUAGAUAAAUUAACUAGUCCGGAGAUGUUGAUUUCCAAUUGUGGUAAUAAUGCCUUAAGAUUAUUCGGAUUCCCUCCAGCUGUUGAUAAUGGGUUUGCAGUAGGUUACAUUAUUCAUAAUGAUAGAGUGUUUGUUUCCUUAUGUUCCAAGUAUAGACAAACUCAUAGGUUUACUCAAACCUUUAAAUCUGUGAUUCAUGAACUCACCAAUUUGGUUAGAGCCAAAUCCAAUUUCAUGAUUGACAUUAAUGAUACUGAAUCCAGAAAGAUCGAAUUGAAGAAGUUGGCCAUUCAAAGAGAGCUACAAUUUAUUGAUAAAGAUGUCCCUUCUACAAGACACCCUAUUGAAUUAACUAUUGGAGGUGCAGGUACUGGAGGAGCUACUACUGGUGGGAAUGAAACACCAGUUCUUCUACACUAUGAUCCCUCAGUUGAUCAUUUUGAUCCAUCUGAUUAUGCCAGUGUUGCAGCUGAAGCAUUCCAAAAAAUGUCGCACAUGGCAACCCUGAUGUCGCAAACAUCUACAUUGAACCAUCAGUUAUCAGAAGAUGAUGAACCAACGACAACGGCAGCAGCAGCAACAGCAACAGCAACAGGAAUCACUACCAAGUCACAAACUGAACCCAGAAGAAACCGUCGGAGAUCAUCCGGUGAUUACGAUCUUUUAGGAGGUUAUGGGUACUUUGAUUUUGGUGAAUUGGAUAUACGUUCCAAUGAAUUGAGUAGAACUCAAUCUUAUGUUGGAAGUGUUUCAAACAUUCAUAGCGGACUUGGAUCUCGUCGUCAUUCUCAAACAAACUUGAGACAAUUGGCUUCCAGUCCUCUAUCAACUCUGGGUCCUAAUUUGGUUGACAUACGUUUGCUGAUGACCGAUAGGAUCAAAGAUCAAUUGAGUGGAGAUCAACAACAACGUGAAGCUAAACCAAAGAAUGAAAUCGGUACUAAGUUGAAUGUAGUAUUGUGA